AUGUCCGUGGUGGAUGGCGCCCAGAUGCGGCGCGAGCUGAGCCCACCGGGACCCAAGUCCCCCGGCGCCCACUCGCGCUCCUUCUCCAUCCAGAGCGAUAAGAGCGGUGGAUCUCAGAAGACCAAGGAAGACCAGCGCAGGGAUGACUUCUGGAAGAACGGCUCCAAGUCCAAUCCCAACGCCGCCUUGUCUGAAGCACAGCCCGGAGGUGCGUUUGUACUCUCCCCCGUCCAUCUUGCUACACUGCUUUUCACGCUUCGUCUGUCCACGUCCACUUCCACUGCCCUUCACUCCUUGCACCCGCCGAUCAUACGCCGCAAUGUCCGUGGCCAUGGAGCUUCCCAAGGAUCCUCUCGCUAACUCAACCUCUCAAGUCAACGCCGUCUACGAAGAGAGCACCCUCACUUCUCUGCGCGGCCUGCAGCACAGGGAUGCGCAUGGUAACGCUAUCAGUACGUAAGACUUGCGCUCGAUUCCAGCGCCGCAUCUGACCCAGCCUCUUAGCCGACCCCGACCUCUCCAACCCUACACGACCUCGUAUGGAACGUCCUUUGGACACUAUUCGAUCAUUUGAAAAGGCCAUUGAUAAUGGAUACAAGCGCCGCUCCAGCUUCGUGCGCGCUGGUAAUCAACUACAACCGCAGGCAUUGUCACGAUAUGCUGAUGUGGCUGUAACAGAGUCGUACGGCGGCCCGCAAGACAGCCAGUACGCCGGCUCGAGGAGGAACAGCGGCUAUGGUGAGUUCGCCCUCCCCAGCAACAGUCGCCAUCGACGACCAUCUUUGGCCAACCGCAUGGCACCAGGCUUCGACGGCCAGAAUCGCUGGUCGACCGCACAACCCAACGGCGGCGGAUACUACGGCGGUCAGCGACCCGACAGUUUCGCCCCCGGUCCUCCGAGGCGUUUCGCUCCCCCUCCACGCAACCAGUCAGAUCCCAUGAUGUAUGGCCACCAGCCACGUCCAUACCCGCAUGGCCAUCAAGCCUCGCAAGACACGAUGCACACCGGCGUGACCAAUGGCUCCGACAGCACCGGACCCUGGGCGAACAGCACCGACCCCUCCAGCGAGAACAGCUCCGUGGAGAGAGGACCUUCAGCAAUGAAGCCAUACCCCGACCACCCAGUCAAUAAUGGACACGGGCCACCCAAUGGCUACGGUCCGGGAGGUUAUGGUCAAGGUUCCGUCGACGGGCCCAUUCCAGAGGAUGGCGCCUACACCGGCGGCGCUGUGCAGCCACCGCAACCCACACGUCGCCCAAUCCCGCUCGGAAACUCGGGCGACCCGAUCACAGAACUUCCAUCCUCGAAGCGUCCAGAGCCGGAGAAGCGAAAGAGCUGGCUCGCUCGCCGCUUCAGCAAGAAGGGAUAA